AUGACAAUAUACUCCUUCUACAUCUUCGACCGCCACUGCGAAUGCAUAUACGUCAAACAAUGGCACCAACGGGAUCGCACUUUCCGCCCAACCUCUUCCUCCGCCUCGACGGUCGAUUCUCCGGUCGCCCUCGCAAGCGAUAGGCAUUCCUCCACGAGCUCCAAGCUUCAAAACGAAGUUCACCCAUCUAGUCGCGGCGGGAGAUUGAGUGUUCAGGAUGACGCCAAACUGGUAUUUGGCGUGGUCUUUUCCUUGCGGAAUAUGGUGCGGAAGCUUUCGGGGCCGGAUGAUUCGUUCAUUUCGUAUAGGACCGGUUCAUAUAAAUUACAUUAUUACGAGACCGCGACAAAUUUGAAGUUUGUGCUUCUAACGGAUGUCAAGAUGAAUAAUUUGAAAGUUGUUUUGCACCAGAUUUAUGUUAACUUAUAUGUGGAGUUUGGUGAAUUCUUCUCAAUUGAACACCCUGGAGGUGAAGGUGUUGCGGUAGAGCUAUUUGAGAUGGGACUUGAUAGCUUCAUUAGGACGAUACAGGAUUGACAUAGGUAGAGUAGAUUGGGGGUCAUUUCACAAUAGGAUACGCACGUUAAUUGGGGGGUUUCCAGAGUUAAUGAAUACUUAAUAAAUAAAUAAAAAAGCUUGU